GAUACCCUUCUUACUAGCCGUUGUUCACUUUCCCGCCAUUUUCUCCAUCAUCUGGGCUCCUUCCUCCCUCUUCAAAUACGCUAGAUCGGGCUUCAUUGCCUCCUUUUUGUGUAUUUGUGUGUGUCAAAGCUUUGACUUUGUUUAGCCUGAAAAUGUCGACGAACGAAGCGGAGAAGAGGGUGGAGGAUGACGAGGAAGAGAAGAAGAAAGGAGGAGAGCUCUUGUUCUGUGGCUCCACGGGUUGGGAUAUCGUUGGUCGCCGCAAAGGUACAGUUGAAGGAAACUUGAUCUCUCCCACUAGCCUCCGCCCUCUCAUCGGCGUUGAUGUCCGGUUCGUUGCCUCCGGCUGUGUGUCAUGUCAUUGCGUUGCAUUGGAUGUCGAGGGGCGGUGCUACACGUGGGGUCGUAAUGAGGCAUGAAAAAGCUCAGCAUUU